UUUGCAUGUAAUCCUAAAAAGCCUUGAACCCUGCUUUUUCAAGCCCUGAACCCUGCUUUUUCAUCUGCUCUGUAAUUCUUCAAAGACAGCAUGGAGCAUUCCUGUAGUACGCAUGGUAGGCUCAUUUUGUUUACGUUCUUUCGCGGGCUUGUUCUUUUGUUAUGCAUGAGCAGACAUGUGGAUGCCGCAAUUCUGCUCGGAAAUGAAACUGAUCGUUUGGCACUGCUAGACUUCAAGGACAUGAUAACUCAUGAUCCUCUCAAUGUCAUGGGCUCGUGGAACGAUUCCACUGAUUUCUGCAGUUGGGUUGGAGUUACAUGCAACCCUUCCACCAAAAGAGUUUCGAUUUUGAAACUGAACUCCCGAGAACUGGUAGGCUCUAUACCAGCUUCUAUAGGAAACCUCACCUACCUGACAGGAAUCAACCUAACAAACAACGACUUCCAUGGUGAAAUUCCUCAAGAAAUGGGUCGUCUACGAAGCCUUCAAUAUCUCAACCUAUCUGGAAAUUCAUUCAGAGGGAAGCUUCCAACUAAUAUAUCUCACUGCACAGAGCUAAGCGUGCUCGAUGUGCGCUCCAAUGAGCUUAUCGGGUCAAUUCCGAACGAAUUCAGUUCCCUGUUGAAAUUGACUUACCUUUUGCUUGCUAGUAACAAUCUCACAGGAAGCAUCCCGAAAUGGAUAGGAAACUUUUCUGCUUUGUAUAGUAUUGUCCUUAUCGGCAAUAAUUUUCACGGAAGCAUACCAAAUGAGCUUGGUCGUCUAAAAGGCUUGCAAGUACUGAUGCUUUCCGAGAAUAAUUUGUCUGGUAUGGUCCCUCCUUCAAUUUAUAAUAUUUCUUCUUUAAGGAGGUAUGCAGUCACUCUAAACCAACUGCAAGGCAAGCUACCUCCAAAUGUCGGUACUACUCUUCCAAAUCUUGAAGUAUUUUACGGUCAUUCAAACAAAUUCACUGGUAAUUUUCCUAUCUCCUUGUCAAAUGCUUCUAGACUUUCGGGUAUUGAUUUUUCUACCAAUGUCUUCACUGGGACAAUCCCUGCAAGUUUUGGGAACUUGAAAAACUUAGUUAAACUAAACUUAGCUGGCAAUUUACUAGGAAGUGGGAAAACUGGUGACCUGAAUUUUCUUAGCUCCUUGGCCAAUUGUACUAUCUUGGAGGUUUUGGGUAUUUCCAAUAAUCAAUUUGGAGGAGAAUUGCCAAGAUCCAUAGCCAACCUUUCUACUAGUCUUCAAAUUCUUGCUGUAGGUGGCACUGUGAUACAUGGAAGCAUCCCUGUCGGCAUUGGAAAUCUUAUGAACUUGACUGUUUUGGGAGCGGAUGAUAGCUUUUUGAGUGAAGUUAGGGGAACUGUAUUUGAGCGAUAG